AGGUCGGCCUGCUGCCACGCGCGCCGGUGGUGGGGUCCAACCGGAAUGACCUAUCGCAGCCCCACGUGCUUGGUACACUAGGUACCUUACCUUGAGGUAGGUUUAGGUAUGCGUAGGUAGGUAAGGAAGGUACCGUAGGUACGGACGGACAACGGCGUGCUUCAUUUCCAGCACCUCUUCUGAUGACCCCACCUGCUGAGCCAAUUGCGUCAUUUCAAAUACAAAAAAGUGAACCUCAUUGCUGCCGCCAAAGCGCACUCGAAGCAAUACCAGCUCAAUACUGUUGCCAACCACAGAACCUUUUGAUAAUCGACUUUUCGGAAUAUUCUUGAUACAUACUAUUUACAGUGCAAACUAUACAGGCACACAAACUCUCCUGGUCUCAUUCACGCACAACUCUCAGGCUUGCAACACCCUACCCACUCUCCAACAUGAAGGCUUAUUGGUAUGACGGCCUUGAUGGUGACCAGCGCCUGGCACAUGACUCUGGCAAGGAGGUUACCGUCGAAGAUCUGAAGAAGCUUGGUGUCUUUUACCACCAAAUUCCUGAUCUGGAUGGGGUCAACCAGCUGGCUUCGGACCGUGGGUACCGGAACCGAGACGAGAUUGUUGUGUCGCCAGAGAAGAUGGGCGAGAUUUACGAGGAAAAGGUGAAAUCCUUCUUCCACGAGCACUUGCAUGAGGAUGAGGAAAUUCGCUAUGUUCGCGACGGUCAAGGUUUCUUUGAUGUGAGAAGCGCCGAUGACGCUUGGGUUCGUAUCCGUGUUGAGAAGGACGACUUAAUCAUCCUGCCUCCUGGCAUCUACCACCGCUUCACAACUGACGAGUCCAACUAUAUCAAGGCAAUGAGGCUCUUCAAAGAUGAGCCCAAGUGGACCCCCUUGAACAGGACGAAGGACCUUGAUGUGAACCCGCACAGGAAAGAGUACGUUGAGCAAUACCUUCAGAGCGGCGUAUCAGCAUGAAAAACCAGCCAAGGACAUGGUACAUGUGUGAGAGUCUGUGGGCAUGAGUGAAGCACGUGGAUACGACAUCUAGUGGGAGCGUGGAGAUGCACCAUGCCACAUGCGGGAUCUUUUGUCAUCUGAACAUGUUUCCGAGUAUGGCGAAUAUUCCUCCGAAAGCUCCUUCUUGACUGAUGUACGACUUAGCAGACAAGCGUUAGACUGGGUAAUGCCUACCCUAACACAUGCCUCACUGCACAGCGCAAAUAUGACGAGAUCUGACGAAA